UUGCAGCCUCCAUUUUGCGCAUGUUGUACGAUCUACCCUUCCAGGUGUAGUUCCUUCUUUCUUCGUCACCUUUUCGCCAUGGCCCCGUUUCGCGUGGCCCGAUCGCGUGGACGACUGUGCCACGAACUGGUACCAAUGGAACCGGUAUCGAAGAAAGAAGGAAAAAAAACGGUUAAAACGUAGCGAGUUCUUCUGCCCAGCGAGAUCGGUACAGCGUGUACACACUGUCCGGUACCGUGUCCUCAUCUGCGACGUUCGUUGGGCUUAUAAAUGGAAGACAACAGCCAUGGGACACAGUUUUGUUUCGUCUCCGUCAAGUUCAAGAUGUGCACCGGUUGCCUUGGGACGUACGAAGCCGUGUAACACUGUGCCUAAGAGAAAUAAAGUGCAAUCGGAAGCGUGUCACUAGCAAAAAAACAUCGAAAAGGAACUCAUUCUGUUUGUCAUCGUUAAUCGCGUUCAAGUGCAAUCCUUGCAACCAUGACGUACAUUGUUCGGGUGGUGCUAGUGUGUAUAUUGGUCGGUUUGAUCGAUUCCAAUCCGGCCGUAGAUAGUGGCAGCAAUAUCAAUCAUUUGGAAUCGGAACACGGUACCUUCAGCAAGGCAGCGCUAGAGGAUAGCUUCAUACGUCGACUUGGUGGUAAGUGUACGCAGAAGGACAACAGUUCCUGCGUGAUGCUGAAGCUGGUUACCUACAUGAACCGGAUGUUGAAAAAGUCCAGCAUUAGCCUGGGGGAUAGUUUCGAGCUGAUGAAAACACGCUCGGACGAACAGCUAUCGGAUUCGGACGCAGACGAGCUGUCGGUGUUGGCCCGUUCGACCACUUCGGACGACCAUAAACUGAGCGUAAUGGUGGCAGACAAAAUCUGGCGCUUCAUCCACAGCCGUAGUCUCCGGUGGCGGGCAACGAAGGCGACGGAUGUGGUGGUCGCUUCCGGUGAAGGUGGCAAGCUGAAUCUGGGUGUAUCGCUGGAUACGCGCCGGCUGUUCGAGGAAGGACGCGGUCGCCUCAAGCAAUACGCACCGAUGCUGGCCGCUGUCGUCAUGAAGGCGGUUCUUAUCGGUGCGCUCGUACUGAAGGGUAUCGCACUGCUCGUCGGCAAAGCGCUGCUCGUGUCCAAACUCGCCCUGGUGCUGGCCAGCAUACUCGGCAUCAAGAAGUUGCUGCACAAAAAGUACAUCACCUACGAGGUGGUUGCUCAUCCGCCCGAACCGCACCACCACGUGGACACGUACAGCUCCGGAUGGGCCCGCGCUCUCGAUGGCUUCGUGGAAUCGUUCUCGAACGAGCUUAACCGGCGGCUCACGGUUGAUUCGCACGAUCUAGCCUACCAGCAGCAGGCACCCACUCAUUAGGGAAGGUUCGCGUUGGCGUGGCUUCCUUUUCCCAGUGUCCGAUGUACCUUGAACCUGCCGCCCUAAACCAGCGGAUGAAUCGAAUAAAUUAUUUAUUUUAUCUUAUUGCCAACGGUUUCUUGUGCGCUUCAUUUGCGGCGGGAUUAUCAAAGCCGGUAAUCUUGUGCUUAGAA